CCAGUGACUGUGUCUUCAGCAAACGCACCCGGUCCAGCUCCUCGGGAUCCCUUCGCGCCGCCCGCCAACUGCUUCCGGGUCACGGCGGGCGUCGCUUCCGCAGCAGCAUGGCGGCCGCGGAGGACGGGCAGCCGGCGGGGGACUGCGAAGGAGAGCGGCUGGAUUUCCUGCGGGACCGGCACGUGCGGUUCUUCCAGCGCUGCCUCCAGGUUCUGCCGGAGCGCUAUUCUUCGCUGGAGACCAGCAGGUUGACAAUUGCAUUUUUUGCACUCUCUGGGCUGGAUAUGUUGGAUUCCUUAGAUGUGGUGAACAAAGAUGAAAUAAUAGAGUGGAUUUACUCCCUGCAGGUCCUUCCCACAGAAGACAGGUCAAAUCUAAAUCGCUGUGGUUUCCGAGGCUCUUCAUACUUGGGUAUUCCAUUCAAUCCAUCAAAGAAUCCUGGAAUAGCUCAUCCUUAUGACAGUGGCCACAUAGCAAUGACAUACACUGGACUUUCAUGCUUAGUUAUUCUUGGAGACAAUCUAAGCCGAGUAAAUAAAGAAGCUUGCUUAGCAGGCUUGAGAGCUCUUCAGCUGGAAGAUGGAAGUUUUUGUGCAGUACCUGAAGGCAGUGAAAAUGACAUGCGAUUUAUAUACUGUGCUUCCUGUAUUUGCUAUAUGCUCAACAAUUGGUCUGGCAUGGAUAUGAAAAAAGCCAUCAACUAUAUUAGAAGAAGUAUGGACCUCAGAAGUUUGUCUCAGCCCUUGGUGCAGCCUGACCGUCUUCCUUCCUCCUUCUUUCUUUUGACACUGUUGUGCCAGUUUGAACCUCUUCUAGGAGGCUCAACUUUUUGUGGCAUUGCAUCACUGUGUCUCAUGGGUAAACUAGAAGAAGUUUUUUCAGAAAAAGAAUUGAACAGGAUAAAGAGAUGGUGUAUAAUGAGGCAACAAAAUGGUUAUCAUGGAAGACCGAAUAAGCCUGUAGACACCUGUUAUUCUUUUUGGGUGGGAGCAACUCUAAAGCUUCUGAAAAUUUUUCAAUAUACUAACUUUGAGAAAAAUAGAAAUUACAUCUUAUCAACUCAAGAUCGCCUUGUAGGGGGAUUUGCCAAGUGGCCAGAUAGUCAUCCAGCUCAACAAGGACUGGAAGAGUACAAGGAAGCUUCUCUGGUGCUGGUAAUAUUCAAUUUAUGAUCCAGGUGCUGGUUCCUAGGUGCAUUCACUUUAUGAAUAUGAAGCUGUCCACUUAUGAUUUAUGCGCUUUUCCAUAUGUAUAAUCAUAGUUCUGUAAAAUGUUUACUAAGAAGAAUAAAGGACUACACACACACACACACACACAAACCUAAAUUAGUUAGGAAAUAUAUUUGUAGAGAAUUUACCUUUUAUGAUUUCAAAAAAGAAAUGUGUAAACUUAAGACAUGUCCAAAACCUAUGAGGAAAGCAUAAAAAUAAAACACUUAAAAAUUGUCUUGAACAAAAUGAAAAGAUUAAACCAUGUUUUUAGGGAAGACUCAACAUCAAAACAUGUUUUCCCCUUAGGUUAAUUUAUAAAUUUAAGCUAUCUCAAUGAAAAUUACCAUAGUUUUUUUGUUGUUGUUUGUUUGGGUUUUAUUUAGAGAACAUAUGAGAGUAACUAUGAAAGUGGAAAAAAAUAAAGGGAACUAGCCCUACCAGACAUUAAAACAUACUCUUAAAUCCUCCCAAUAUUACAUACAUACAUAACCAAAUACACACAUAUAUGAGAUAUGCUAGAUAUCUUGUACUAUAACUUUACAUUCAUCAAUAUAUUAUGAAUGUCUUUCACUAUCCAUACUGUGCUUUAAAUGGUUGCAUAAUAUCUCAUUGCAUAAAUGUACCAAUUGGUGCUUUGUUUUACCCAAUUAUAAAAAUAUUGCUAUAAGAUCUUUGAAAGUAUAUUGCUGCCUACAUGUAAUUAUUUAAGCUACAUUUAUAGCUGUGGAGUUGCUGAGGCAAAUAAUACACACGUUAUAAAUUUUUGAUAGCUUUUGCCACACUGCUUUCUAAGGUUGUACUGGUAGUACUUUGAUACAGAUUUUAAAUGUGAUCAGAAAGUCUUAAAAUUCACUGGAAGAAGUAUGAGUUUAGGCUCAAAGCCAAUUUCCCUCAUUUAAUCUUAGAUGAGCAAGUCAAGGGGUUGGUAGAGCUAUAAAAAGUCUCUAAGAAAUGAAGGAAAAUAAUCAUUUUGACAAAGUAUAUAUAAGUAGCUUGCUCUAGAAUGUUAAUGGACUUUUACCUUGCCAUCUGAAUUUAAGCAGUUGAGUACCAUGCUAGAAUUCGGUGCUACAAAAUGUUUUUUUCUGCUGUAGGGUAUACUAUAGAAAAUGAUUCAGUGGUUAAAUUAUAGAAAUAUGCAUGUAAGAAUAAUUGUUUAGGCAAUACCUUUUUUUUCUUUUAUAACUGAUACUUAUUUUAAAAAUAAGGCUCAGUGGAUAGAGCGUCAGCCUGGGGACUAAAGGGUCCCAGGUUCAACUCUGGUCAAGGCAUGGCAUGUACCUUGGUUGUGAGCACAUCCCCAGUAGGAGGCAUGCUAUAUUUCUCAUCUUAAGGCUACUUCCAACUUACAAAUGUUGCUGUGAAGAUCAUAUGUUUUUCUGUGGCUUUCCUAAAAAGAAAUUUCUGGAUUAAAUAAUGUAUACUUUAAAAGUAUUGGUAAUAACUGUUAAAUUGCCACCCAAAACCAGUAUAGCUUUUCAGAAACUCAUCAAUAGGAUUUCCUCAGAAAGAGGAAUGGAGAGGGAGAGAGAGAGAAAAUCAGUAAUGAAAGAGAGUCAUUGAUCUGCUGCCUCCUGCAAGAUCUCUGCUGGGGACCAAUCCCACAGCCCAGUUAUGUGCCCUAACUGGGAAUCGAACUGUGAUCUGGUCCCUGGGUAUAUGCUCAACCACUGAGCCACACCUGCCAAACCAACAGGAUAUUAAAGUACCUCAUAUCUCCUGCAACACUGGAUUUUAACAAUCUUAAAAUUGUUCCCUUCUGCAUGAAAAGAAGAAAAGUAUUCAUUUGUUGAUAAACAGCAUUUGUAGAAAACAAAUCUAAGUGUUGGGGGAGUUUUAUUUUUUAUGUGUUACAUCAAUGAAUGCUAAUUGGGCUGUGUCUGAGAUAGUGAAAUCAAAAUAAUGUUUUUAUUUUUAUAUAUAUAUAUAUUUUUACUAAUUUCAGAGAGGAAGGGAGAGAGAAGGAGAGAUAGGAAUAUCAGUGGUGAGAAAAGCAUUGAUCUGCUGCCUCCUGCACAACCCACACUGGGGAUCGAGCUGGCAAGUGGGCAUGUGCCCUGACCUGGAAUGGAACUGUGAUCUGGUUCGUAGGUCAAGGCUCAAGCACAGAGCCAUGCCAGCCAGACAAAAUCAUGUCUUUAUUAAUAUAGAAUUAGCACAAUAGUUUUCAAAGUGUGGCCUGCAGACAGGAGCAGUGGCAUCACCUGGAAACUUUCAGAAAUGCAAACUCUCAGGUCUCACCUUGGACCUACUGAAUGAGAGACUCUGGGGCAGGGGCCAGCUAUCUGUUUAUUAAGCCCUCCAAGUGGCUUUGGUACACACUCAAAAUCUGAGGACCAAUCACUGAUUUAGAAAAAGCAGCUUGGGCAGGAGAGACCAGAGAGAACCCCAUAAAUGUUAAAUGGGGGUGUUAGUUAACAGUAAGCUCAGUAUGAUUCAACGAUGUGAUCUUUACUCCUGCCCAAAAUAACUAAUAUGAUAUCAGUCUAUGGUAAUAAAUGCUCAAAUAUGCAAAGAGAAUAUUAAAUUUAUUUUCUCUGAUGGACCCAAUCUUCAUUUGCCUGUAUUUUUUACUGUCAAGGGGCAGAGCUGGGAGUGGCGGCAUUUACAUUGGUCAACUAACAAUUUCAGUCUUUUAAUAUCAGUAUUUUGUUUUUUCCUCCUGCUCCUUGUGUUCUGGGUAUUGGUGGAAGCCUCUGUUGCAGGUUACUGCUCCAGUUUGAUUCCGGGGCUGGUAACUAUGGAGGUGUCUGCUGCUGGUCUACUUGGGCCUUUUGAGGUGUGCUACCUGCCGUUGGCCUCUGGUUGCACAGUCCCAGUACUAUGGCCUCUGCCCUGAUGUUAGGCCUCCAGCAAUCUACCUGACCUUAGCAACUCCAUGUCUACACCCCUCAGCCCCCUGAACCCACACACUUCCUUGGCAUAUAGAGAAACCCCUAGCUGUUAAUGUCUAAGGCACUGUCUCCAUUUCAUAAACCUCCACUCCAAUGCUGCUGAGCCUCCCUGGAUGUAGAAGACAAGCUGACACGCCCAGGACUGCUGCCCUUCUAAGCAAUGCCUGGAGAAGCAGGUCACAAGGACCAUCUCACCACGUGUCUACAUGUUUGAGAGCUACAAAUCAAACCAGAAAAUUAUGUUCUAUUGUCAUAGGUUGGCAAAUAUACCAAAUAGCAGAUCAUACCAAAUCAUUGUGAAUAGCACAGCCCGUAAUUAACUUCACGUUCCAGCCCCGGCCAUGAGUUGGCAGUGACCACUGCUGGGCAGGAGGGAAGUGGACAAAGGGAAAAGAUUUCUUGCUGGCUUGCCCUUCUGGCUCCCUGCAAUCACUGGGAAUAUCCACGGAAUAAACAUCCCCUUUCCCUUGGAGGGAGAGAGGAAGGGGGUGGUCCUUUCAUCCCCACUAGAUCUCUCUCUACCCACCUGUACCCCAUCCCUCUGAUCACAAGAUUUCUCUUUAUUCCACACAGUCUGAGUCAGGUGAUCUUUGCUCACAACACAUGCUCAGCCUCCACAUCCAACAUCACUCAAGCACCUCAAAGGAGCCUGAGGUUCAAAGGCCAGGUUCAAACUUAGAAAUCUUGUCCUCCUUAGAGCUCCCCGCCCAAGGCCAGGCUCUUUCCCACCCUAGGCACUGUCACACACUGUGAGGAACUCCCUCUAACUCCCACAAACAGCUGUUGGAUCUUCACACCUUGUACGGUCCAAAGGGGAGCCAGGGGAGAGCCCCACGCAGGCUCUGGAAGUGGGUUCAGGUAAGACUGCCAUGGUCUUUGGUGUGUGAGGCAUGCUCUCCAAGGGGCCCCACCAACUCCGCAUCUCCUGGGGAGCACUGGAAUGGGGUCCUCUAGAGUUCUGGCAGGCCACCAGCCCCUCUGCUCUUAGGUUUUUCAUGCCAGUCUGGACUUUGAUACUCAGCAAUUUUACUAUGGAUUAGAAAUUAAAUAAUUAUUUUAAAUUUCGUGAUAAUGGUUUGUGUUGUAUAAAAAUAUUUUAGAGAUGCAUUCAGAAUUUGGAUCGUCAAAUUCAGAGCUUUGCUUUAAAAACAUUAUAGUGAAACUCACCUCCAAAACUUUCUAUUCAGAAGAUAGGAAUCUUGUUGUUUUAGGCUCCAUGGGAAUUUCUGACGAAAAGCCAGGUUUGGGGAUCACUUUUUUAAAAAACUCAAAAGGUCCCUUCUUACAUGAGAGAACAUGAUCUUAAGGUGACUUCAGGCUGGUUAAUGAAUUUCUCAUAAAAAUAGUAGGUGAGAGCCACAUCUUUAGGAGGCAAUUAAGUUUCUAGCAAAAAAAAAAUAUAUAUAUAUAUAUUUUAUUUUAUUUUUAAUUUUUUUUUUCCGGGGUGGUUCAUCAGUAAUUGGAAGCCUGGGGAUUUGAGAGAGA